UGUCGGCAAAGCUCCACAACAUGAAUCACAUUGACUGCGCAUCGCUGGACAUUUGCCCUUUUUUCCAACAGCCAAGACUCUCUCUCUCUCUCUGAGGAGGAGGAAGAUAGAAAAAGGGUGGAGGGCACAAAUACCUUGGUGAGGAUGGCUUCUGCUCGCGCAUUGUUUGUUGGGUUUGUGGCGGCACUCUCAUUCACUACAGUGGUAGCUGAAGCGGCGAACCCCCAUCCGCAUCCACAUCCACAGCCACAUCCACAUCCUGAGGAACUUGAGCAUCAGCAUCAGCUGUUGUUGCGGCAGGCCGCGUUGGAUUCUACAAAGGCAAGGGGAUGCUCUUAUAGGGUUAUGAUAAAGACGAGCUGCCGUUCCCCUCGUGUCACCAGAGACCUUGUUGCCCUAUCUUUUGGAGAUGCCUACAACAACCAGGUGUAUGCGCCAGGGCUGGAUGAUCCAUAUGGUAAAGCAUUUGAGCGGUGCUCGACAGACACUUAUGACAUAGCAGGGCCAUGCGGCUAUGGCACUUGCUAUCUCUACUUAUGGCGAGAUGGCCCCGAUGGUUGGAUUCCUGAAUGGGUGGAGGUCUAUGAUCCCUACUACCAGCGCUAUAUUACCUUCUACUAUGGCUCUCCCAUUCCUUCCGGAGUUUGGUAUGGCUUCAACAACUGCAGCAGACGCUUCAGCAGCAAUGUCACCACCACCAUUGCAACUGGCAAAGCUGCAACAGCUACACAUGAUGAGUGACUAGCCUCAUUAUAUGCAUCCUGAUUUAUGUAUUGUAAUUAGGGACUGGAGGAUCUUGAAGGAAUUCACAUUCCCAUCUUUCUUGCUUGCAGGCCUCUCUGCCUAGCCUCCUCAUAUGAUAUAUGAAUAUCUCUGGUUAGGACAAUGAAUAAAUUCAUUUUGUGUACUGUUUCAUAUA